AUGGCAUCCCGCAAUCUCGAAAUAACGCGCUUCGGCCAUGAAAUGCGUCGGCAUUUUUCCUUUGCGCCGGGUUAUACGAAUCUGAAUCAUGGGUCAUUUGGAGCAUCACCCAAAGCCAUCCGGGACAAGGCAGAACAGUUGCGGGAGGAGUGCGAAACCACUCCAUGUCCGUUCAUCAAAUACCGUUUCCCAGAGUUACUAGACGAAUCACGUGUUGCGGCAAGCGAGUUUCUCGGCGUCCCCCUAUCAAGCGUGGUCUUCGUGGCCAAUGCCACUACGGGGGUGAACACAGUCCUGCGCAACAUGAUAUGGAACCCCGAUGGACGAGAUGAGAUACUGCAGUUCGAUAUCAUCUACGGAGCCUGUGGCAAAACCACUAAUUAUAUCAGUGAGGUCAGUCAGGGAAAGGUCCGGACCCGAGAGAUCCGCUUCACGUAUCCCCUCGAUGACUUGGAAGUAAUUACCGGCCUUCGAAACGCAAUUCAUCAAUCAAGAAGAGACGGUUACCGCCCUCGGAUGGCGAUAUUUGAUACAGUUUCAUCCAACCCUGCGUUGAGACUCCCCUUUGAAGAACUUACUGCGCUUUGUCGCGAAGAAGGGGUAUUGAGCUUGAUUGACGGAGCCCACGGUAUUGGACAAAUCGAGCUCGGCCUCUCCUCACUUGAUCCGGAUUUUUUUGUGAGCAACUGUCACAAAUGGCUGUUCACGCCACGCACCUGUGCUAUUCUUUAUGUCCCAGUGCGCAAUCAGAGUAUGAUGCGCAGCACUUUACCAACAAGCCAUGGGUUCGUUCCCCGCUCACUGGCAAGUGAAUCUUCUGGAGGCAAAAGCGACUUCGUCUCAAACUUCGAGUUUUUUGGUACAACCGAUAAUUUCUCAUUCUUGACUGUUGCAGAUGCUAUCCGUUGGCGCCAAAUUGUCUGUGGAGGGGAGGACAAGAUCCGGGAUUAUUGUUUCCGUCUUGCCCGCGAAGGAGGACUCAAAGUAGCCCGAAUCCUGGGUGCUCGAAUUCUGGACAAUGAUGCGCAUAGUUUGACCAAAUGCAGUAUGAUUAACAUUCUUCUUCCUUUACGAUUGCCCACCUCUGGAUACGGGAGCAGAAUCAAGACUGGUGAUUUUCCCGGUGCCACCGUGACGGACUGGAUGCAGAAAACUAUGAUCAAGGAAUACAAAACAUUCAUGCCCGUGUUUCCAUUCCAAGGAUCAUGGUGGGUCCGUCUCAGCGGACAGGUUUAUCUUGAGCAGACGGACUUCGAAUGGGCUGGCUGGAAAUUGAAAGAGCUGUGCGAAAGACUGGAAAAACAAGACUUCGUUUGA